AUGUCUGGACCUAUACAAGACGUUGUAGAGGAAGAUGCAGCAGAUUUACAGUUCCCUAAAGAGUUUGAAAAUGCCGAAACCUUGUUGAUAUCAGAAGUUGACAUGUUGUUGGAGCACAGGAAAGCUCAGAACGAGUCUGCAGAGGAGGAACAAGAAUUCUCUGAAGUUUUUAUGAAGACCCUCACAUAUACAAACAUGUUUAAAAAGUUUAAGAAUAAAGAAACUAUAGCUGCAGUCAGAAACCUGCUUCAAUCAAAGAAACUGCACAAGUUUGAAGUAGCAAGUUUAGCUAAUCUGUGCCCGGAGACACCAGAGGAGGCCAAGGCUCUAAUACCAUCACUAGAAGGAAGAUUUGAGGAUGAAGAACUUAGGAUAUUGCUGGAUGAUAUACAAACUAAGAGAAGUUUACAAUACUAG